CAGAGAAAAGAAUUUGACAUUUUGUAUAAUAAAAUAACUAGGAUUUUAUCCUAAGAUUUUUAGUCGUCAAUGUAAUUAAACAAUUAUUUAAAUAUCAUAUAUACCAAUCCAAAAUAGAAAAAAAAAAUUCUACAAUUUAUAUUUAAAAUGCCACGUAACACCCGCAAUAAAUUCAACUACUCCAACUUUACGACAUUUUCCAAGAACUUUUAACAAAGACCAAUCUUCUUCUUCCACGCUCGAGUUCGUUGUAAAUUCACCAAAGAUAUCCCUCCACGUUGUAAUAAACGUAACGAAGCGUAAGAAUCGCGCAAUCGCACUUUGAAGAAACAACGAUUAACAUCAAUCUUGUCAAAAUUUGUUUAUCCCAUUAAAACAAACAGACGAGAAGCAAGAUGAACAUAUAGAAACUGAUUACUGGACCCAUUAUGAUCCAGCUGUAUAAAAUUUGAUAACGAUUAACGAUUAAAUACGAAAAAGUUGAAUGAAAUCGAGCUAUUUCUCAUAAUUAUCUUCUAUGUAUAACGAUAUAUUUAUCACGGUUUAAGAUCAAAUUGUGAGUGGUCGACCGACGUCAGAGUGCGUCGAUACAGAAAGAUUAGAUACGUGUACCGACCUAAAUAUCUCGUCUCGUCGUGGUGCACGAUAUCGGCGAACACCGUGGGAUAGAGAAAAAAAGAGAGGAAAAGAAAGAAAACGAGGAAAGGGGGAUCCACGCGUGGGAGAUGAAUGGUACAGCUAUUUCAGGAACGGCCUGUUCUAGGUCAAGAACGCGAACGCGGCGAAGAGAAUGCUUUACAUUCGACGAACGAGGAAGAAGAUUCGAAUAUUCAAACUUCGAAUAUUGCGCGUUACGAAUCGAGUAUCAUCGUGUCAUUCGUCCACGUAUUGGCGAUCGAUUUCGCGACGAUAUCGAAUCAGAUAUCGCGGGGACCAUUCACUGCGGCGAGAGCCAAUCUUGUUUAUCGAGAUAUCAACACGUAUAAGAUAUAAGAGGAUCGAGCAAACGGCAGCCAGUGUUGUGCUGAAUCUUGGUUUCGAUAGUCACACAAAACGAUCCUCCUAAGUGAAUCGAUACUUAUCAAUUUAAACGCAAGCGCGGAGCAAACAUGCGGAUUUGGGUAUUGUUAACCGUUUUACUGAUCGUCACGAUUCUCGCAUCCGACGUGUUCGCGAGGAAGGCUGGCAAGGAGGGCAAAGAGGUGCAGUCGAAAAAAAGGCACGAGAAAAAGAAGAGGGAUGUAGAGUAUUCGAAGGAAGAGAGGUGGAAGGAUGGAGAGAGGAAAAAGUUGCAAUCGAGGAAAAGGAAUGGAAAGGAAAGCGCAUCCGACGAGAAGAAUUUGGAAAAUUAUUCGGAGAAUCUGGAAGAAACGAACGAGAAGUCGGAGAAGGGUCACAAGUCGAGGAACAAGAAAUUGAAAGAGAAGGAAAAUAUCGAUUUUAAGAGCAAGUCUAGCUACGAAUCCCCGAAGGGGAAGUCUAAGAAGAAGAGCAAAUAUUCCGAGGCGUCGCAGGCUGUUCACGAAAAGGAUUCGAAGAAAUUGAAAGACGAGAAAGCGAAAGAGGAAACGGUCGAGGAGCGAAACAAUGUGAAGAAUGAGAAGAAGUCGAAGGAUAAAAAUGUGGACAAGUCUGAGAGGACGAAGAAAGAUGGCAAGAGGAAGAAGCUUCAGAAAAAGGAAAAAGAGGUGACGGUGGAGGAAGUGGAGAAGGAACCGGUGGAAGUAGAAGAGACAGAGGAGAUUAAAACGAAAUCGAGGAAGAGCAAGAGAAAGUCCGAAAAAGGUAAUCACGAGAAGAAUAGGAAGAAACGAGAGGUGCCAAAGAAAAGGAAAGAAGAAGAGGUGGGAACGGAAAUAGUGAUGCCUGAAGAGAAGAUCUCAGAAGUGGACGCGGUAGCCGAAAAAAGUUGUUCGAUAACGAAAGAGAUCCAAGAUGAAGAAAUGCGAGAGGAUUGUGGGGAUGAGAAGUGCAACGAAGCGUGAAAAAUUUAUAAUCAGAAAAUAUUAUGAAUCAUCGUAUUUUAAUUAAUGAUUCAAAGAUAUAUCGAAGAGAUUGGUAUUGGUAUUGCAACUCGAUACGAUUUCUCGAGUCUUCCAUGAUGAUGAGCCAACGAUUUCACGCAUUAUACGAAAUUUCAUUUAUUUAAUCUCUAUGCAUAUCAAAUCAUACUUGUUACGUUAUUUACAAAUAACGAAUUUUUCGACAAUAAAUCGUCUAAUUAAUCUUAA